AUGAGGAUCCUUGCUCUCCUCACUACUCUUCUCCUUUUGGCUCUCCAGGCCCAGGCUUGGACCCUCCAAGAGACAGCUGACCAGGUUCCUGCCCAGGACCAGCCAGAAGCCAAGGACCAGGGCGAGCUAUGGGCCGAGGACCAGGACCAGGCUGGGGACGAUGACCAGGAUGUGGCCAUCUCCUUCACAGGAGAGGAACGCCUUGCUCGAGCUGCAGAACCUGGGAAAAUAAAAAUAAAGGGCUGCCACUGCCGUCGCCACUGCCGAGUCACCAUCUUGGGUGAGUUGCUGGAGCGUGUCGCUGGCGUGUGCAAAUUACUUGGUCGUCGCCGCAAGCUGUGCUGCAAAUGA